AUGCAGCCGACGGAAAGGCCGUCUUCUGCCAAGGCACGUAUGCAGGGCCACCUGGCGCAGGUGCCUAGAGCCAUACCCCAGAGUCCUGUGCGCCCAGCGUCUUCGAUGCACCUGCCUUUAUCACCGUCGCGUGAUAGCAGCCUUUUAGCUGCGCCCAGCGCCACGAUACCCACGGGCCAUGGCGCAGCGUCGUCCAGCGCCUCACUCGUGAGUGCGAAUGAGCUGCCGGACGAUCCUGAGCGUGCAUCGAAUGUGGUGCACUUGUUUGCGCCGCCGCUCGCGCCCGCAUGGAGCCCCGUGUCCAUGUCCCGCUCUCAGAGCUCACGAACGGACGACGCAUCGUCUACCUACUUUCCCAUCGGAGCGCGCGCGUCGCUUUCUCCGCGCUCUCCUCCGUACCAGGCGCCGCUCUCGCCGGAAGCGAGUAUAUUUGAGCGCAAUAUUCAGAUGCUCGGCAGCCCGCAUGUGCGGACGCCCCGGGAGGCCGUCGACAUGGCCGUGCCCCCCGUCCUCGACGACGCCGCCGACGCGAUCGUGAGUGACUCGACGCUGGAAAUCGUGUCGCCGCGCUCGCCGCCUUCUCCCUACGCGUCGCCCUCUGCAUCGCACCGGACCAGCGGUGUGGACAUGCUUCGUGGCGCAUCGCAUGACGGGACGUGGCGUCAGCGUGCCUAUGGGCAUCGCCGUCUGCAGUCGGAUCAGACGAGCGUGAUGAAGAAUAUACCAUCGAGUCCGGCCGGCCAGCGGCGGUCAGCGUGUCCCCCCACACCGACGGCCGCGCCGAGCGUCACACACAGUCCGAGUUUGAGCAUCGACGGCGCUGUGAUCCACGAAGGACGUGCAGCGAUGCUCUCACACAGUCUCGAUGGCAUAGCCGAUGCGAUGGUCGCGAACGAUCGGUCGCCGGGGUCGUCACGACUAGGCCACCUGUCUGUGCCGUCCGCCUCGCCGUCGAUGCAUCCGUCGCCGGGCCGCAAGCGACUUUCGUGGAUGUCGUAUGCGGACAUUGUGCACGACGUGAAUGAACAAGUGUACGAUAUAGAUCCCCAGGUAUAA